AUCCUAUGUUCAGAGGAAUUUAUAGGGGUGUGCAGAAGCAUCAAGAUGACUUACAGGAUGUAAUAGAGAGAGCUAUCCAGACUGGUGUCAAAAAGAUUAGCAGAGAUGGGCAGCCUAACUAUCAAGUGACUGUAAUGGCUGUCUGAAGUAUGCUGAUUUCUCAAGAGCCAUGAAUUCAUUUUACAGAGAAUUGUCACUACAUUAAUGUAUCAGUUUUUGGUCUUAGAACCUUUCUACUUUCUUUAGUAUUAUGCCGGAGCCUCUAAAAAGCUUUUAGUUUAUGAUCACAGGUGGAAGUCUACAGGACAGUAAAGAUGCUCUGCAGUUGGCACACACAAAUGACAUGUUUUUCAGUACAGUUGGGUGUCAUCCCACAAGAUGUGAUGAAUUUGAAAAGAACAGCCCUGAUGGUUACUUAGCGGGAUUGCUGGACCUUGCUAGGAACAACAAGGACAAAGUUGUCGCAAUAGGGGAGUGUGGACUCGAUUUUGAUCGCCUGCAGUUUUGUCCCAAAGAUACUCAGCUCAAAUAUUUCGAAAAACAGUUUGAACUGUCAGAACAGACACAGUUACCAAUGUUUCUUCAUUGUCGAAACUCACAUGCCGACUUUUUGGACAUAAUGAGAAGAAAUAGAGACCGCUGUGUGGGUGGAGUGGUGCAUUCAUUUGAUGGGACGAAGGAAGCAGCGGCUGCUUUGAUUGACCUGGACCUUUACAUAGGAUUUAAUGGUUGCUCACUGAAAACAGAAGCUAACUUGGAAGUUCUGAAGUCAAUACCUAGUGAAAAACUAAUGAUUGAAACAGAUGCGCCUUGGUGUGGAGUUAAAAGUACACAUGCUGGAUCAAAAUACAUAAAAACGUCAUUUCCUACCAAAAAGAAAUGGGAAAACGGGUUCUGUUUAAAAGACAGAAACGAGCCCUGCCAUAUAAUGUUCACCUGCAUUGCUGUGUCAUCUCCUAGGUUCACCUGCAUUGCUGUGUCAUCUCCUAGGUUCACCUGCAUUGCUGUGUCAUCUCCUAGGUUCACCUGCAUUGCUGCUGUGUCUUCUCCUAGGUUCACCUGCAUUGCUGUGUCUUCUCCUAGGUUCACCUGCAUUGCUGUCAUCUCCUAGGUUCACUUGCAUUGCUGUGUCAUCUCCUAGGUUCACCUGCAUUGCUGUGUCAUCUCCUAGGUUCACCUGCAUUGCUGUCAUCUCCUGGGUUUACCUGCAUUGCUGUGUCAUUUCCUAGGUUCACAUCUUUUCCAUCCAAAUGAUUUUACUGCCUCAGUGGCUUUGGUCAUUUCUUACUUAAAAUGUGCCAUAGAGUCAGUCCAAUGUACCUUCCCUGCUAUUGUUUAUCACCUGUUGGGUGACCUUCAGUUAAUGGUUAUCUAAAUGUUAAAUAUGGACAAAAGCAACAACUCCGGGGAGGUACCAGUUCUCGAAGCCUCCCCUGAAAAACAGAAGGCAGAAUUCCAGAAUAGGAUAUGUAUAGAGAGCUGUGAAGAAUCUUCUGGCAAACAGGAAAAGUUGAUCAUAUCAUUUUAUGGACACCUAUCCAGAUUAAGUCUAGACUUUAUUGGUCUAGUGUGGUUUGCUGCUGUAGGCUUAUCUCCAACAUUUAUAAAGAUUAGUUAUCAAAUUGUUUCUGGUAGAUAGUAAUGUCUUGAAAAUAUGCCUUAAUUUGUAAUAAUAGAGUAUAAGCCAGAUUUAAAAUUCAGCAGGCAGAAAAGCCAAUUAAAGUAUCCUUCUA